AAUAAGAGGAAGUGGUUCCCUCCACAUCUAUAUCCGAACAAACUCCCUCCUUCCUUCUUUACUUCCUCGCUCUCUUCUUUUCCCUCCUUUUUCUUCUUUCCUCUGCUCCAUAUCAGAUCUCUUCCACUUACAAUUUCUCACCAAUUUCCAUUUUUCCCUCCUCGGUUUUCAACUUUGUCUACCCACUUAAUUUCCCUUCUCUUUUCUUCUCCUCAAACCCCCCAAAGAUCGACGCUUGGAGAUCAGAUUUGGUUGGGUAUUAGAAGACCCCCCAUCUUCUUCUUUUACUUUCUGGGCUUGAAGAAAGAUUGAAUCAUGCGGCAACAGACUUCUAGAAAGCAUUUGUCUUUCGCUUCCAUGAAGCCACCGUUCGGAGGAGGAGGCGUCGGCGUUGACUACCACGAGUUUCCUGCUGCUGACCGGAAGCCCAAUCGAGUACUUGAGGAAGCCGUUUUCGUAAAGACGCCUCCUCUAAAGCAGAAGAGUGAAAUGGCACAAUGUGAAGCAGCAUCUGCUCAGCGAAAUAUGGGUCCUGGCAAUGCUGGUGUCAUGAAAGGUCUCCCUCGGACACCAGUGUCAGGAAAAGCCCAAAAGGUUCCUAGGACAACUAAGGCUAAUAUUGGUUCUCCCAUUGGCAAUAAUCUCACUCUAGUUGGUAACUGUCGUUACGAUAGCUCUUUAGGUCUCCUAACAAAGAGGUUCAUUAAUCUGAUCAAACUUGCAGAAGAUGGCAUCCUUGAUUUGAAUAAAGCCGCAGAUACAUUAGAGGUUCAGAAGAGACGUAUAUAUGAUAUAACUAAUGUCCUUGAAGGAAUUGGUCUUAUAGAGAAGAAACUCAAAAACAGAAUCCAGUGGAAGGGGGUGGAUGUCUUGAAACCAGGGGAAGAUGAUGACAGUCUUUCUGCUUUACAGGACGAAAUAGAAAACUUGAACAUGGAGGAGCACAGAUUAGACGAAUGCAUAAGAGAAAUGCAGGAAAAGUUGAGAGGCCUAAGUGAAGAUGAAAACAAUCAAAAGUGGCUUUUUGUUACUGAAGAAGACAUAAAAAACUUACCUUGCUUCCAGAAUGAAACUCUGAUAGCAAUUAAAGCACCACAUGGCACUACUUUAGAAGUUCCUUACCCAAAUGAGUCUGUAGAUUAUCCACAGAGGCGAUUCGGUAUAGUUCUCAGAAGCACCAUGGGACCCAUAGAUGUUUACCUUGUAAGUCAAUUUGAGGAGAUAAAAGAAGCACAACCAAACGUUUUUGAAGCAUCAAGCAGGGAUGAGAAUGCGUUUGCACCAGCAUCAAUGGAGGAGACUACGGGAAAUGAGAUAGAUAUCCAGGGAAUAGAAACUCAAAGAAUGUGCUCAGACGCGAGUACAUCAGAGGACUUUGUGAGUGGACUGAUGAAGAUCAUACCAGAUGUUGAUAGAGAUGCUGAUUAUUGGCUAUUGACAGAUGCGGAUGUAAGUAUCACCGACAUGUGGAGCAUAGAACCUGGUGUCGACUGGAAUAACUUGAACACACUACAUGAGGACUAUGCUAUUGCUGGUAUAAGUACACCACAACCCCCAGCUCCACUCCCAAGUACAAUGCCAACGCCCUCUGUCAGCAACACAGGGAGUUAAACAGACCAGGUAAGGUUUUGAACAAAGACAAUGUCUGUUUUAGAAGAUUUAGGUGCACAUUUAUAGCCUAGAAAAUGAUGAUUAUGCUCAGAGCAUGAUGCAGACAUUUUAUGUUGUCUUGUGAGUACUUAGCAAGCAAAUCUGCCAGAGUAUGAAGAAGACGGGUGUUUCAUGUACAGUCUUACUGUUUGGAAAUUUCCUGUGGCAGAAUAUCCGAAUGAGAACUUAUGCUUUGUAUACUAGUAAACUUAGUGCUCCGUAGCUUCCCACCAUGGAGAUUCAGUAGGAUCUUUGCAAUAUAGUAACAAUGGAUAUUAUGCAUUUAGUUGACCUCAGUGUAUUCGAAUGAGUUCAUUUCUCACAGGUCGUAUCUUAUGAAAUGUUGGAAUUAUGUAUGUAUAUUUGUGUGUCUGUAUAUCAGAUCGCUGUCCUCAAUGCAUGUAACAAUCCCAGCAGGGUCAAUCCUUCCAUCUUCUGCGGUGCAAGACAAGUUUUUGGGCUGCCUGCUUUGACAAAUCAUUUAACUAGUUAGUUUUGGGCUGCCUGCUUUGACAAGUCAUUUAACUAGUUCUCUGAAUUACUACACGAACAUUCCCUCAAUUAUGACCAAGUUAUAUGGCUGAAGAGCAACUGAAAUUCGAGGUUAGUGUAGUAAAAACACUCCUAAAGUGGAACGUGGUAUCAAUGUGAUGAAAAAUGUCAGCAACAUAAGGAUGUAUUAUCCUGAAAGUAGGAGUAGUUUUUGUAAUAUGUUGAUAGUUCCCUUGUUUUUAUGGUGUUUCUCCAACUGUGACCCUAUAGAUACAAUCUGCACCACAGCUCUUAACCAAAAGUACCACGCAAUAAUACCUAUCCUGAAGUUG